AUGCAUAACACAGCCGUUGUUCUCGUUUGUGCUACACUCGUGGCUCAUUUUGCUUUGAAUGAGGCAUCUUCGGGAUGUGGUUCGUCUGGAUGUGGAAGUAGGAGUUCGGUUAGUGGUCACGCUGGUGGUUGUGGUGGUCAUGGCGGCGGUUGUGGCAGUGGUCAUGGCGGUGGUUGGGGUUGGGGUUUGCUGGGCUGCGGAAUGCCAGGUGGUGCUUUGCUAGGAUGUGGAACUGGAGGUUGCGGUGGAUGUGGUGGUGGGGCUGGUGCCGCUGGACUAUUCGGCUGCGGAAGUCUUUGCGGAAGCAGUGGAUGCGGUGGACAUAGCGCUGGUUGUGGUGGUGGUUUGCUGGGCUGCGGAAUGCCAGGAUGCAAAACUGGAGGUUGUGGUGGAGGUGCUGGCUUACUCGGUUGCGGAAGUCCCUGCGGAGGCGGCGGAUGUGGUGGACAUAGCGCUGGUUGGGGUGGUGGAUUACUGGGCUGCGGAAUGCCAGGAUGCAAAACAGGAGGUUGUGGUGGAGGUGCUGGUUUACUCGGCUGCGGAAGUCCCUGCGGAGGAGGUGGAUGCGGUGGACAUGUCGCUGGUUGUGGUACUAGCGGAUGUGGUGCAGGCUUACUCGGUCUUGGAAGUCUUUGCGGAAGCAGUGGAUGUGGUCAACAUUGCAGUGGUGGUGGUGGUGGUGGUGGUGGAUGUGGUGGUGGCUUACUGGGCUGCGGAAUGCCAGGUGGUGCUUUGUUAGGAUGCGGAAAUGGAGGUUGUGGUGGUGCUGGUGGAUUAUUCGGCUGCGGAAGUCUUUGCGGAGGAGGUAAAUGCGGUGGACAUGGCGCUGGCUGUGGUGCUAGCGCAUGUGGUGCUGCCUUACCCGGUUUUGGAGGUCUUUGCGGAAGCAGCGGAUGUGGUCAUCAUUGCAGUGGUGGUGGUGGUGGAUGUGGCAAAUAA